GCUGAAUAAAUCCUGGAAAUAUUGCUGUGUCUCAAAGAACUCGUGUGUACGGUUUGUACCUCAAAGAAAACUUUAAACAGCAGAUUAUCUGGAAAAUGAUUUAGAGGCGAAAGAACCAGAGCAGAUUUUAUAAAACGAGAGCUGCGAUCAUGAAUUGCAUUUGUGAAACAUUGGCCGUCUAAUGGAACCUCAUUUUGGCCUUCCUCUUCAGUUCCCGAGUGCCUUCGCCACAGUGCACGCACCGAUUCCUGUGGACCAGAGAACGCACGAGGGCCGUUAUGUGUGGGAACCGCGGCUACAUUCCCUGCACCACCCGUCUCCAACCGGACUUGCAAGCAAUGGAGCAAGUCCCGGAUUAUCAGAACUUCCUUUCCUUACGCAACGUCGGGGAGUUUCAAAUGGGCAAAUGGAUCCUGGAUUUCAUCAUCCGUAUCGUCUCAGCCCAGCCUAUAUGGAGCAGUUGUACUCCUCUUUUCAUUCCAACCCAUCCAUGUCAGUUAGAGGCUUCAGCCCCAUGGAUACUCAAGGUCUAACAAUGCACCCGGACUACCUCCACCAAGUGGCAGCACUCAGCCAACGGGGAUUGGUUGGGGAUUUCCAUCCUAUUCCACCUAGCUCAGCUGCAAGUGCAGACCUAGGCUUUUCUGUAGAUGGUUCUCGUCUGACUAGUCCCAGACCAGGGUUUCGACAUGGAAGGAAGCGAGCUAUGUCCAGCUCACCCUAUUCGGACUCUUUUGAUAUCAGUUCUAUGAUUAGAUUUUCUCCAAAUUCCUUGAUGUCUUUCAUGAAUGGAUCUCGAAGCUCUAGUGCCAGUGGAUCAUAUGGCCAUCUUUCUGCUGGAACACUCAGUCCAGCUAUGGGUGUCUCUUCUCCCACUGUUCCUCCACAUCUACAGCAACUCCACCAGCUGAUGUGCCAGGGGGGGUUAGGUUCUUCUGUUCUUUUUCCACCCAACUCAGGAUUUCCACAGCAGUCGUUACUAACUGGUCAUGGCCUUGUAGCUUCAGGUGGUACUUUUGGAAGCAUGAAGCUUGACUCAGGCCUGGAUGUGGGAAAUCGAGAAAUGGCCAGUAAUGUGGUGAGCAGCACAGUUGAUGCAGAAGAAAGUCGAAGAAACAAGAUUAAAAAAGAAUCAAUGAGCAGCACAGCUGGUGAACCAUGUGGAGCAGACGAUGAUCGUGAUGCUGCUGCUGAUCUCAAAGAUGAACCUGGAGAUUUUGUGGAAACAAACUGUCAUUGGAAAGAUUGUGGAAAAGAGUUUGGCACCCAGAAUGAGCUUGUUAAGCAUAUAAAUAAUGACCACAUCCAUGGGAACAAGAAAACUUUUGUUUGUCGAUGGGAAGACUGCUCUAGAGAAGAAAAGCCUUUUAAAGCACAGUAUAUGCUAGUUGUUCACAUGAGACGACACACUGGAGAAAAGCCUCAUAAGUGCACAUUUGAAGGUUGCAGUAAAGCAUACUCACGUCUGGAGAACUUAAAAACCCAUCUGAGGUCUCACACGGGGGAAAAACCAUAUACAUGCGAGUUCCCAGGUUGUACUAAGGCAUUUAGUAAUGCAUCUGAUCGAGCCAAACACCAAAAUAGGACCCAUUCAAAUGAGAAACCAUAUGUGUGCAAAGCUCCUGGUUGCACUAAACGCUAUACUGAUCCAAGCUCUCUACGAAAACAUGUAAAAACUGUUCAUGGGCCAGAAUUUUAUGCUAACAAGAAACACAAAGGAAAUGGAUCUGGUGGAUCAGGAGGACCAGGAGCAAAAGAUGAUAAACCAUCAAAUCCAGGGAUUAGCAUUGAUGGCAGUCCACAUUCUGAUGAUGGAUCGGGCAGUAAAGGUGCUGCUUUGUCCAGCCCAAGUGUAAAAUCUGAGGGCCAGGGGUCUCCACAGCAAAAUGGUAGCCCUGCAAGUGAGGGGACCUCAGAUGUACCAGGUGCAAUGGAUCAAGCACUAUAUAAUGGCCCAAUUAGUGAUAAUAGUGUUUCAACCACUAGUGGACCCCUGGAGAGAUUGGAGACUGACAGUGUAUGGGAACUAGUAGAUAGUCAAGCAAUAGAGUUGGGAGAGCAUUCACCAGGUGUUGCUUGCGUUACCUCAACGGGACAGAGUGGAGAAGCUGAAAGGAAUGUACGCAACAGGUUAAAGAGUAGAUUCCAGUCAACAUUUAAAUCAGGAAAUUCUUGGCUGCCAAACAUUUUACCAUCCCGAACUGGUAUAUUGCGAGGAAGAGGUAACACAGGCUGUAGGGCAACACCUGGAAAUGCAAAACUUCCAGAUAUUCAUGGUAGUGGCCAUGGCAAUGGUAGCAAAAGUGCAAUAGACUUGCCCUUCUCCCAAAACCAAGGUUGUCAGACUCAGCAAACUACUCUAACCACUAGGAGAGACAGUAGCAGCACCCUAAGCUCAUUUUAUGGCAGCAUGGGCUCAGACAAUAGUUCUCAACCAGUUAGUAGUGACAUCUCUAGCAGACAGGAAAGCCAAGGCUCUUGUACUUCUCGUAGUGUCAUUAGGCUAAGCUCUCCAUAUGAUCCUAUUUCUCUUGGAAGUUCACGGCGUUCAAGUGAGGCCAGCAGUUCAACAGGUUUGUCAGCAGGGAUGACAGCUCAUUUGCAACAGCUUCACUCUCGUGCUUUGGUAUCUCAACAUCUGACAAACACGAGCAACUUGGUUGUGCAAAGACAGGGCAUUUCUGGUGAUGAGAGAUCUUCUAGAGGUUCCCACAGUAGUAUGUCAAACAGAAAUUCUUUUUCUGCAAAUGGACCAAUGCGUUCUAAUUGCCAAACUAGUGAGCCACUAAAGCCCAUUGAUCAAAACAGAAGUGUUCCACCUUGUCACCACAAUAUCAGCAAACUUCAGCCACUGCCACCUAUUGGCCAAUCAGGGUGUAAAAAAGGAGGACGUCCAUCAGUAGAACAAAAAAAACAAUUUCAUCCUAACCAAAAUGUUGUUCUAGAAGACUGGGCAGAAGAUAAGCCAAUUGAAGCAAACCAGGAUCUGGUUAUUCCUGAUGAAAUGGAGCAUUACCUCAAAGAAAGUAGGACAAACAAAAAGAAUAGUGAUCGUCCAUCUUCAAGACUGAGUCAAGCUGUUUCCAGUGUCAGUCAGUAUGAUGACCUUCGGCAACAGAACUCACAUCACAAUGACUUCCAGAACAGAGCUAAUCCAGGAUGGAUAUCAGUUACAAUGCCAUCCAGUGAUGGGGUCCAGUUUUUUCCAAACCAUACAGGCAACUGUUACUCUACAUCUUCAGCUCACAAGCAUGCUGACAUACCCCAGAACCAACAACAAAGUUCCUAUACCCCACAAGCCAUCCAUCAGACUUGUCAUAACAGUCCUCACACUUCUCAGCCAACUUCACAGACUUGCCAUCAGAGUGACCCUAUUUCCCAUACAACUUUACCAUCCUAUCAACAGGGUUCUGUCUCACAGUAUACAACUCCUCAGAUAUGUAAACAAGGUUUUCACUCUGCUGAAAUCAAGUCUCAUCAACCACAUUGGGAAAUGGGAAAUCACUACCACUCUAGCCAGCCUAGGGCUCAGGUUCAUUGUUACCCUUCAAGUGACACCAAUAGCCAGCUUGGACUUACGCAUCAAUUAAUGGCAAGAAAUGGCCCACAUAAAACUUCUUUGCCUCAACAUUACCCAUCAAAUAUGCAUCAAGAAUUACCUGCUCAUAAUCAGCCAAAUGGUUAUUUGCCCCAUAGUGGUUCUUGCAACAACCACAUUCCACAGCCUUGCCACAAGAUGUUGUCUCCAGUGGCUGACCCUUUGAAUCAACAUUGGCCUUCAAAUAACAGCUUCAGGGAUCAUUGCCAUUCUUCAAAUAGUUCAUUCUAUGGUCAGUUGAAUCAACAAUGUCAACCAAACAUUGGGUUUCCAGGUCAAACAGGUCAACAAUGUAUUUCAAACAAGGUAUUUCAAGACCAGUUGAUGGGUCAGCAGUGUUAUUCAAAUAAUACUUUACAUGGUCAAACCAGUCAACAAAGUUCUUCAAACAGUGUGUUUCAAGUUCAGAAGGGACAUCAAUGUCCUGCAGAUAACAGUUUGCAUAACAAAGUAGUUCAACAGUAUCCUUCAAGCAAUGCAGAAGAGGGUCAGUUAAGUCAUCAUCUUACUUCAAAUAAUAGCAUGCAAGGGCAGUUUGGUCAACAGUAUCCUUCAAAGAAUAGUUUACAGAAUCAUUCAAAGGGUAUUCCCUGUUAUCCAUAUAAUUGUGUUCACCAUAACAGCAAUGGACAAACAUACUAUCCUCAGAAUAUGGAACAUGAAGGUUACAUGCAACCAUUGGCAUCUAACCAUCUUUACGUUCAGCAGCUCAAGCAAAGUUGUCCUCCACAAACCUGUUCAGUUACAGACCCACAGGGGAGUUGCAAAAAUGUAGCAUGUCAACCUUCUGAAAACAGAGAUUCCCACUUUAGUAGGACCCUUCCUAGUUGUACACCCAUUCAGCCCUCUUACCCCCAUGUAGCACAAGCUUGCAAGUCUUGCAGCACUUCACAGCCUGAGAUUCAGUGUAAAAAUGUCAGCCAAUCAUCACGAUCUACAAUGCAUUCUGAUGUAUACCAGAGGACUUUAGAGUAUGUUCAACAGUGUCAACAGAUGGCAUCCAGUAAUGAACAAUGUGCAGGCAAUGCAAACAAUAACUACCUCGUUCCUGCUAAUGAAAGUUCCUGCCAAAAAAUGGAGUUGUCCCCACGGGUUAGUAGCACAACAGAUCAACAAGAUGGUCACUUGCCAGCAGUAAAAAGUUUAAAUGAAAAUGAUUAUUUGACUUGUACCCCAAGCCCAGCACUAGCUGGCCAGUGUUCACAGACUCCUAGUUGUGUUGAUAGUAAACCUCAAACACCUUUUUUCGCUACUACUAAUAUGGUGAUUAAUGACAUGAGUUCAUCAUUGACGUCACUGAUGGAAGAAACUCGUUACUUACGAAUGAUACAGUAAAUGAGUUUGUGCCAUCACAGAAUGUUACUUUGAAAACAAAAAGUUGCCACAAAAUAUACUUUGUAGAAAAUACCCAAGGACUGUGUCUGCAUUCUGUUGGGAAUGUGGUUAGUUUUAGAGUCAAACCAUCCCAUCCGUCCUACUUGUUAGAAACUUACUAAUGUUUGUCUCUUGCCAAUUACUGUAAAUAAUAUGGUGCACUUACAUAUGUACAGUUCUGUAUAAAUAUCAUUGAGGUUAUGGUAGAUAGAGAUCUUUUGAGAUUGUUAUAAUGUCUAGUUGAAGUUGUUUCAAGAACUUGGCUCAUAAAAUCUCUGUGAAGUUUAGUUGUUCAAGUUCUUUUAUGGACACGGCCCCUGUCCCUGUGUCUCGCACAUUAAGAGAAUAGCAUGUUAUUAAAAGGUAAACAAAACUUAAGAAGUAAGAGCUACUGCUUGGAGGUUAAUGAUAAUCAUUAUUUAAUUAAAGUUUGUUCAUUAUUUGAUGUUUUGUGAAGGAAUUUCUAUUGAUUUGUUGUCUACCUAAAUAGUGUAAUUUUUCUAUUGUGCCAAACUCCUACUAGUGUAAUUUCUUGCCUUUGCACAUUUUGUUUUUCGUUAUUUGUCAGUUUCAAGUAAAACUGAAAACCCCAGAAGGAUAUUUUCAUUUGACAGUGUAAUUUAUUGAAGAAAGUAAGUAUUAAUUACUUGUUGUAUUUUAGCUCAAAACUCUUGGUUUACUUAAUUUCUUGAUCCAUUUAGCACAUAAUAGAAAUCCUUUUCAUAUAUGAUAAUAAUAUUUUAUGAUAGCCAAGCAAAUGUUAUUAGAAAAACUAGGUAAACACAAAGAUUUUUAGACUAGGAAAUUUCGAAAAAUAUAAAUGUUUUCUUAAAUACAGUUCUGAAUAAAAUUAUAUUCACAGACAUUGUGUACAUCAUUCUAACGUCAACUGCAUUUCCAUUAAGGGGUAAAAAAUAUCCUUUUUUUUUACUCAUACCUUCCUUUUUUUUUAAAAUGUAAAACUUUUCACUUAUUUUUAUACUUCUUUAUUCUUAAAAAAGGUUUUUAUCCAACAUUACAAUAUUUAAAGGAACAUUGGACAGUAAAGUCUGGUGUCACAGUAAAAUGUUGAUAUGAUUAAAAUUAGUUACAAAUAUUUGGAAUUGAUAAAAUAUAACAACUUUUAAUAUUCUGUGCAAUAUUAUUUUCUAAUUAAUUUGACCAAUGUAUCAAUAAUCAGCUUUUUUAUGAAACAAAUGAUGACUGGUGGCAUAAGUUUUAUGGAAAUUGGAUCAUCAAUUUAAACUUGUUUAAGAUCAUAUUUUUUUAAUGUUUUGAAAGACCUAUUAAAUAAAGAUAUAGCUGUAUGUUUGGGAAGCAAAAAACUUUACAAACUGGUAUAUUUGCAUACUUUGAGGCAUAAACUGCAGUUGUAAUUAUUCACUAUUCAUCAAGAUUUUCAGGAGUGUGAUGUAAUCUAGAAUUAAUUAAUUUUGUUGUACUUAUAGAAACAUGUAACUUAAUACUUUAGUGCAAUUUUUAAUUAUUUCUAUUUAUUAAGUUCUGCACUUAGGCUUAAUGAUCUUUUAAGAAAAGCAUUAUUGUUUUAUUUUUACAUGUAAAAAACUCAAGCAGUCAAAUCUUUCUGUCUGACAAUAUGUGUCAAAAUGAAAAAAAAAGUUAAUAAAUGUUUUAAAAUAUCUUAACUCUCAUUCCUUCAGAAAGUUAUAGAAUUAUGCAAAUUGUAACUGAGAAGUCUACAUUCCCAUUCGUUUUAACACAUUCAUUCACAGUUUACUGGCAUACAGAUAGUCAAUUGAAAAUUAUCUCUAUAUGUACUUGCCUAUUUGUUUUGAGUUUCUUUUGCAUCAUAAAAAUUUCUGGAACAUCUGCAGAGUUGACACUUGUGUAAGUGCCUUUUCUUGCUGUGAUAUUGUUUUAGUAAUUUUAGAUGAAAAAGUUAAUAUGUGUGUUAAACAGCAGAAAGGGGCCGUGCUCAUUUUUAAUGAAGGGCAGAUACAAUGUUUCUGGUAGGAUACUUGUUUGUAUACAGUUUCAGUCUGUUUUUCAAUAGCUUUUAUUGUAAAAUAAAAUGUGGUUGGUGUUUUUGGUUACUACUUAAUUUGACUUAGAAAACAUUGCAAGAACUAAACUUCCAGUAUUUAAGUAUCCUACCAGGACCAAUGUAUUGGUCUGAAGUCAAAAAAUUACUCCAAUGGUAGUCAAAAGUUAUGUAUGGCAUUAAAGCCCUCAUUUUGAUGUGGUUAGUAUUUCGGUUAACUUGUGUUUGUUGGGUAUACAUAAUGAAAUAAAGAGAAAGGUUUUUAUGUAAGUUUUA